UGCCCCUGUAGUUGACAGACUACAUUUCCAGAAAUAGAUAGGUCAAUAACAAAGUGAUAGAUAGAUAGACAGAUACAUAACACGCGGGGGGAGAGAGAGAGCGAGCGAGCGAGCGAGAGAGAGAUUGACUUUUCAAGGUACAGUGGAGAGGAUCAGUUGGACUUUGUCAAUCCAUCGAUAAACAGCAACUCUGGGAAACAUGCCGGCUACGCUGACUCAGUGCCUAUGGGGGAUGCGGGUGUGAUUACCGGAGAUUGCAGGAAGUCUCUGUCUGCUCGAGAUCGGUGUCGAGGUCCCGAUGCGAUGUCAGUCCGACGUGAAGGCCUAGAGUGUACGCACGCGGCCGCCGCAGUGCUGCUGCUGCUGCUGCUGGUAUGGGACUGCAGCGGCCUAGUCUUCGCUCGGGGGCGCUUCUCUGACCUCCACGUGUCAAGUAAUCCCGCUGACGCUGACGUGGCAUCCCCUGAACACUCUAGACACGUGGAUCCGGGCGCUGUAAUGACCGGCCCGAAGGAGAUCAAUCUCCGAGAAGACGGUGGGUAUGGAAGGGACCCCGAUCAUAAAGACAAGAGCUUUGACCCCCUCCUGGACUUGGAGGAUCACAGGGCGGCGACCGGCAUCGUGGCCGACCGGUCACUGAUAGGAGCGCACGGACAGCUAGAGGUCCUGCAGGGGCACGGGAGGACUCCCGGCGCUAUGGAGGGCGACCGGUCGCUGAUGGCGGGAACGCACGCGCAGCCAGAGGCCCCGCAGGGGCACAGGGCGGCGACCGGCGUCAUGGAGGAUCGGUCGCUGAUGGAUUCCGAAGCGGACGGACAACCCGAGGGCUUGUCGGGGCAUGGGAAGGAGACCGGCAUGAUCAUGGACGACCGGUCGUUGAUAGGAGCGCACGGAGAGUCCGAGGUCCCGACCGGCAUCAUGGACGACGACCGGUCGCUGAUUGGAGCACCUGCACUGCCGGAGGCUCGUGUUGAGAUCGAAGGCAGCGGCGGCGUCAAUCCGACGAUGACGUCAUCAGUUUUCGAGUCUAUCAGGCUUGUGCAGACUGCCACGUCAUCAAGCUCGUGCACAUCGACCAUUCGAAAUAUGGUGAUCGCGCGCAGAUCCGGCGGAGCUUCCGCCGGCAGCGGUAGUAGGCGCAGCGUUUCCCUGUACUAUGUGCAUGAUGAGAGGUGCAUCUCCGGCCACGAUGAUGGCGGCGGUAAUUACACCGUUGAUUGGGUUGCUUCUGUGCAGAAGGCAGAUCUAGCGACUUGGAGUGGUGAUUACAGCAGCGCAGUCGUUGAUGAAGCGAAGGUCGUGAGCUACUGGUGGCCGGUCGCCCAACCGAACGGGACCAGGGCGGAGUCCAAUUCGUCUGGCAUCACCUACCGGUCGCUCAACGACAGCAGUACGCCCAUGGCGGCGGUUGUCGGGAUGGACUUGUCGCCGCGCGGGUCGGAGCUCAUCUUGACCACGGCCGACUCGGGAUCGGGAUCCACCGCGUCAGCAAUCACGUUCCUGUCAACCACCUCAGGCAACCGAACGACGAUCCCGAUCGGCGGCCGCGGCGGCGGAGGCUUGACGAGCGCGGGGAGCCUGGCGCUGGGUCCAGGGGGGAAAACGCUGUACAUGGCGGAUCUGUCCCGACCCGUGCGCCUUCUCUCCGUCCCGAUCACUGCUGCUGACCUGGACAGCAGUCCAAUCAACAGCAGCAGCUCACGCUCGGAGAUCGUGCACACGUUCGACGGAGAAGGAGGAGGAGGAGGAGGAGCCACCGCUGGGAGCGCCGCCGAAGAUAGCAAUGUGACAGACAUGCUGUUCGCCGGGCAGAGCUUCGCCGGCGCCGACGGCCGCUGUCUCUACUUCGCUGAUCGGGACAGCAACCGGGUGUGGGGUCUGGAUCUGAACUCGAAGCGUUUGACACGUGUCGCCGGCUCGAGCGCGAAAGACUCCCCCUCCCCGCCCAUCGAUGGGAACGGAUCGAUCGCAUCUUUCGACGGCCUCCGGGGUGUCAUAUCGACGACGGACGGGUGCAAUCUCUUCACGGUGGAGAUGAGAGAGAGCGAGCCGACGGGCGAGACACCGACAUCAUCGAGUACCUCGUCGAGCGCUGGCUAUGGCGUUCACGUGCGCUGGUUGAAGAUGGACGAGCCGUGUGGUGCGGCGACGAACGUCGAGACGGCGGCGAGGCUGCCGGCGGCGGCGGCCGCCGCCGCCGCCGUCUUUAAGCAAUCAAGAUCGCUAGCGUUGGCGCUAAAUGGCGUGGACAAGAACUUGAUGCUGUACGUUGGAACCAAUCAAGGGCAGCUGUUCGAGAUAGAGAUCAACGAGACGAAGCUUCAUGUUUGCUCCUCGAGUACGCCGAAGAACCAACCUUCCUUGCACUCCGCAUCUGCCGCUGGAUCGGAUCCUUCUGCUGAUGGAGGGGGGAGGGGGGCGGCGGCGGAGUUCUCCGCUCGCGAAAGGCGGCGGCGCGGUUCCGGGCAGAUUGCACUGGUGAUCGUCUUUUCUUGUGUCAUUUUUGCCAGCCUGGCGGGCACUCUCACUCUCAUAUGCCUGCACAUGCGGAGAUCUCGAAAAACUAAACUCGAAGAAAUGACCAUCGACAACGACCCCGCCUCAAGGACAUCUGCAAGAAAUAGUACACCCUUUUUCCAGCUCUCCAAGGGAAGAGCUGAUGGUACAUAAGUUUUUUUUUUUUUUUUUUUAAUAGUUAUUUGUUUUUUUAAUUGUGUAGAAGUAGUUUAGAACAUAGUUAAGAGUUGUAGAUUAG